GCGUGAUUUCAAAUUCCAGCGCGCGUUUUUCAGUCUGGGUUUCUUCUGGAGGUUUGAGAGUUUGAUCAUGGAUGAUGUGUAUGCAAAGUUCAUUGAGAGAAUGAACCCAACAAGAGUUGUGAUUGACAAUGAGUCUUGUGAGCUUGCCACCAUUAUAGAGGUUGUUAGUACUAUUAGGCAAGGAAUACUCCUUGAAGUUGUCCAAGUACUUGCAGACUUAGACCUCAUCAUAACAAAAGCAUACGUCUCCUCUGAUGGAGGAUGGUUCAUGAAUGUGUUUAAUGUGACUGACUGUGAUGGGAACAAAAUUAGAGAUGAAGGGAUCCUCGAUUAUAUACAGAAGCAUGUUGAAACUGAUGCGUGUUGCUUAGAGUCAAUGAGAGGGUUCACUGUGGGAAUGCCCUCGGAGGAGCAUACGUCAAUUGAACUAACUGGCAUUGAUAGGCCUGGGCUGUUGUCAGAAGUAUUUGCAGUACUUACAGACCUCAGGUGCAAUGUGGUGAACGGUGAAAUAUGGACACACAAUUCUAGAGCUGCUGCUGUUAUUGACUUGACAGAACAGUCAACUGGACAAGCAAUUGAAGAUCCAAAACGGCUCUCUACUAUCAAGCAAUUGCUUUGCAAUGUCCUCCAAGGAAAUAUCAGUUUUAUGACACCUAGAAUCACAAUAUCCUCAUCUGGGGUAACACACAGACAAAGGAGAUUACAUCAAUUGAUGUUUGCCGAUAGGGAUUUCGAAAGGCUUGAAGAUGUCGAGCAUAGUUCAAGAAUCCAUGUUUGCGUAUUAGAUUGUAAUGAUAGAGACUAUACUGUUGUCUCCAUAAGAUCCAAAGACCGGCCGAAGCUUUUGUUUGACACUCUGUGCACUCUAACAGAUAUGCAGUAUGUGGUGUUCCACGGGACUGUCAUCACAGAAAGGAUGGAAGCUCAUCAGGAAUACUACAUCAGACAUAUCGAUGGGCUUCCCGUAAGUUCAGAGGCUGAGAGACAACGUGUUAUAGAUUGCCUCGAAGCAGCCAUCCAGAGAAGAGCCUCUGAGGAACUGGAACUAGAACUGUGCAGUGAUGACAGACUCGGACUCCUCUCGGAUAUUACCAGAAUAUUUCGGGAAAAUGGUUUGCGCAUUAGACAGGCAGAGAUGGCAACAAGGGGAGGGAAACUCAAAGAUACAUUCUUUGUCACUGAUGUGUCUGGCCAACCUAUUGAUCCUAAAAACGUUGAUUUGAUUAGGCAACAGAUAGGACAAAACAUAUUGCGGGUGAAAGGGAACUUGAGUCUGUCUCCGAAAUUUCCUCAGGAGAUGGCAAGAAGUUUCCUCUUUACAAACCUUUUCAAAAGUCGCAGUUUUUAAGUUCCCAACUUCCAAGCUCGUAUAAUCUUUGCCUAUAGUUCGCUCAUGUUAUUUCUAGGAAGGAACAGCAUAUAGACAUUGAGUGCGAUUUCAGAACAAAGGACAACAAAAUUU